AUGAAGAAUAUGAAGAAUCUGAAAAUUCAAGUAAUGACAAUAGUGAUUCUUCAAAUCAGGAACUUCAUGAAUAUUCUGACGGCAAUACAACUAGUAAACAACCAAUAAUUAAUAAGGAUACUUUACAUACACUUAUGACCCGCUUGACUGCUUUGGAAGAAAAAAAUAAAGCACUGGAAAAUAAAAACAAAGAACUUGAACAUAAUGAAAUGAA